AUCAGCACUCGCAAGUAGAUUCCUCUGUGUCCAUAUCUCCCAAAAAAACAUCCUUAAAGGAAGUAACUGUUGAGUCUUUCUGGGCAAUCAUGUAAUGGAGACUCUUAAAUUUACCAGGCCAUCUUCACAUCCAUUACUUGCAUUGCAUCAAUCCAAUUAUAAAGCUGUAAAAUCUCCCUCACUCAAAUACAAACCUAAAAAGGUUACCCAUACAGUCCAGUGUAGCAAAUAUGGUAAUUUUCUUGACCUCAAACCUGGAAAAAGGCAUGAGUCAAUGGAGUUUGAUCUGUCAUGGUAUGAUCCAUCUAAGCGAUCACGAUUCGAUGUGAUUGUGAUCGGAGCUGGUCCAGCCGGGCUUCGCCUAGCUCAGCGUGUGGCUGGCUAUGGAAUUCAGGUUUGCUGUGUUGACCCUUCACCACUAUGUGUUUGGCCUAACAAUUAUGGUGUGUGGGUUGAUGAGUUUGAGGCUAUGGGGUUUCAAGAUUGUUUUGAUAAGACAUGGCCCAUGUCAUCUGUUUAUAUAAAUGAGGAGAAGAGCAAGGUUUUGAAUCGGCCUUAUGGCCGAGUCAAUAGAGAGAAAUUGAAGAUGCGGUUGUUAGGAGGGUGUGUUUCCAAUGGCGUCGUGUUUCAUAAGGCCAAGGUUUGGAAGGUGGAUCAUCAAGAGUUUGAGUCUUCGAUUCUAUGUGAUGAUGGAAAGGAAUUCAAGGCGAGUUUGAUUGUGGAUGCUAGUGGAUUUGCAAGCACUUUUGUGGACUAUGACAAGCCAAGAAACCAUGGGUAUCAGCUUGCUCAUGGUAUUUUAGCUGAAGUGGAGUCUCACCCUUUUGAAUUGGAUAGAAUGGUGCUUAUGGAUUGGAGAGAUUCUCAUUUGGGUAAUGAGCCUGCAUUGCGUUUUGCUAACGCCAAGUCUCCCACCUUUCUGUAUGCAAUGCCAUUUGAUUCAAAUUUGAUUUUCUUGGAAGAGACUUCUUUAGUGAGUCGACCAGCCUUAUCAUACAAGGAGGUCAAGUUAAGGAUGGCCGCGAGGCUCAGACAUUUAGGAAUCAGGGUGAAGAGUAUAAUUGAGGACGAGAAGUGUUUGAUCCCAAUGGGAGGACCCUUGCCUCGGACUCCACAAGAUGUUGUUGCCAUUGGGGGAUCAUCUGGAAUAGUCCAUCCUUCAACAGGGUACAUGGUGGCACGAACGUUGGCAUUAGCCCCUGUGUUGGCUGAUGCCAUUGCUGAGUGUCUUGGAUCGACACGAAUGAUUAGAGGAUCAUCCCUUUACCAUAGAGUUUGGAAUGGCUUGUGGCCUAUUGAGAGCAAGUGCACCAGGGAAUUCUACUCUUUUGGGAUGGAGACUUUGCUGAAGCUUGAUUUGAAUGGUACAAGGAAUUUUUUUGAUGCUUUCUUCGAUUUGGAUCCCCAUUACUGGCAGGGAUUUUUGUCGUCGAGGUUGUCAUUGAAAGAGCUUGCGAUGCUUAGCUUGUCACUCUUUGGCCAUGCUUCCAAUUCGUCGAAAAUGGACAUUGUGACCAAAUGCCCUGCCCCCUUGGUUAAAAUGCUAGGUAAUUUAGCUGUUGAGACUAUUUGAUUUAGGGAGUUGGUGAAUGGUGGUAUUGUAUCCUGUUUUUGCUUUGUAAUGAAACCUAUGGAUAAAGAUACAUGUUCUAGGAAGAUUAUUAAAUCAUUGCUUAAUAUUUCAAUGUUUGUAACCAUGUAUUAUCAAAGAAGAUACAGCUUAUCUU